AUGGAAAUCUGGUUAAUAAUAACAAUUUUGUGCCUUAUUUUUUCAUUAAUUUUCAAAAUCAUAAGAAAUAUUUUCUUCCCUCAUUCUCCCCUGCCUCCAGGACCUACCAAAGUACCUAUCAUAGGAACCUUCACAUUGCUAAAACAAUACACAAAAGAUCCUAAAACUCUUCUUCAAAAUCUCCAUGCCAAAUAUGGUUCAAUAUUCACUCUUCAAAUGGGUUCUCACACUGACAUUUUCAUUGCCAAUAGGUUUCUUGCGCAUCAAGCUUUAAUCCAAAAUAGCACCAUCUUCGCCGAUCGCCCCAAAGCCGAACCCACAAAGAAAAUAAUUAGUAGCAAUCAACAUGACAUUCUUUUCAGCUUCUAUGGUCCAAUUUGGCGCCUUUUAAGACGCAAUCUCACUUCAAGAAUCCUUCAUCCUUCUCAGGUCAAGUCUUACGCUCAAGCGCGCAGAUGGGUGUUAACCAUUCUUCUAAAUCGCCUCGAAUCCUAUUCACUCGAAAGAAACUCGAAAAGGGUUGUCAAUGUCGUCAACCAUUUUCGAUAUGGCAUGUUCUCCUUGUUGGCUCUCAUGUGUUUUGGUGACAAACUUGAUGAGAAUCAAAUAAGAGAAAUCGAGGAAAGUCAACGCAUCAUGCUUCUUAGCUUUUCAAGAUACAAUGUAUUGAAUUUUUUGCCAUCAAUUACAAAAAUAUUGUUUAGAAAAAGAUGGAAGGAAUUCUUGAAGCUAAGAAAAGACCAAGAAGAUGUGUUGAUUCCAUAUAUAAAUGCUAGAAGGAAAAUCAAGGAAGAGAGAUUAAAAAACGGUGGAAUGAACAACAAUAUGAAUGAGUCAUGUGAUGAAUUUGUUUUGUCAUAUGUGGAUACAUUAUUAGAUUUGGAGUUGUUGGAGGAAGAAAAAAGGACCAAACUUGAUGAUGGUAAAAUUUGCACUUUAUGUUCUGAAUUUCUAAAUGCUGCAACAGAUACAACUUCAACUGCAUUGGAAUGGAUUAUGGCAAAUUUGGUGAAGUACCAAGAAAUACAAGAAAAAGUUGUAGAAGAGAUUAAAAGGGUGAUUGGUGAUAAUAAAGAUAAGGAGAUUAAAGAGGAAGAUUUGCAAAAAAUGUGGUAUCUUAAAGCUGUGAUUUUGGAAGGGUUAAGACGUCACCCACCACUACACUAUGUGGCACCUCAUAAAGUGACAAAGGAAGUUAUUUUAAAUGGUUAUUUGGUGCCUACUUUUGCUUCAGUGAAUUUUUUGGUGGCAGAGAUUGGAAGGGAUUCUUCUGCUUGGGAUGAUCCUAUGGAGUUUAAGCCAGAGAGGUUUAUGAAUAAUACUAGUUUUGAUAUAAUGGGUAUUAAAGAGAUAAAGAUGAUGCCUUUUGGGGUUGGGAGGAGAAUGUGUCCUGGAUAUGGUUUAGCAUUGUUGCAUUUGGAAUAUUUUGUAGCUAAUUUUGUUUGGAAUUUUCAGUGGAAGCCUCUUGAUGGAGAUGAGGUUGAUUUGUCUGAGAAAUUGCAAUUCACAGUAGUUAUGAAGAACUCUUUGAAGGUUCAUUUAAAACCUAGGUUUUAG